AUGCUAAAGAUUAGACAAUUACAAAAGAAGAGACAAGAAGAAGAAGAAGAAGCUGCUAAACUGCAAUCCCCAACACCAACAAGAGACUCAACACCAGUUAACAAAAAUUCAAAAGUUUCUGCAGCUCAAUUAAGAAUUCAAAAGGAUAUAACUGAAUUAGAUUUACCACCAUCAAUAAAACUAACAUUUCCACAACCUUCAAGCUUAUUUGAAUUUGAUUUGAAAUUAAUUCCAAAUUCAGGAUAUUACAAAAAUGGUAAAUUUCAAUUCAAAUGUGAAAUAAACUCAAAUUUCCCAAUUGAACCUCCUAAAAUUAAAUGUUUAAAUAAGAUUUAUCAUCCAAAUAUUGAUUUACAAGGUAAUAUUUGUUUGAAUAUUUUAAGAGAAGAUUGGUCUCCUGUUUUAAGUCUUAAUUCAAUUUUCAUUGGUUUAAAUUUCUUGUUUCUUGAACCUAAUCCUAAUGAUCCAUUAAAUAAAGAAGCAGCAAAUUGUUUAGUUAAAGAUAAAAAACAAUUUGAAAAAAAUGUAAAUAAUAGUAUGAAAGGUGGUUAUAUUGACGGGGUAUAUUAUGAUAGAGUAAUUUGA